AUGGAUCACUCCCGCGAUCCCUGUCCCUGGGUUGCUCUUAGCGACUUUGGCGGUGCUUUCUGCAUGGGCGCCAUCGGUGGUGCUGUCUGGCACGGUGUCAAGGGAUUCCGGAAUAGCCCCUAUGGUGAACGCCGGAUAGGUGCAAUCACAGCCAUCAAGGCGCGCGCGCCCGUUCUUGGUGGUAACUUUGGUGCUUGGGGUGGACUUUUCAGUAUCUACGACUGCUCGGUCAAGGGCAUCCGAAAGAAGGAAGACCCUUAUAAUGCUAUUAUCGCUGGUUUCUUGACUGGUGGUUCCCUCGCUAUCCGUGGUGGUUACAAGGCUGCCCGAAACUCUGCUAUUAUGUGUGCCGUUUUCCUUGCUGUCAUUGAGGGUGUCGGUAUUGGUUUCCAGCGCAUGAUGGCUGAUAACACAAAGCUUGAGCUUCCUCCUCCUCCUCCUUCAGAACAAAAAGCUUUUGCUUAA